GAGAAAGGAAGAAAGAGAAACCCUAACGAGGUUAGUUGGCUUGCUCUGCAUCUGUCUGGUCCUUCAAUCUCCGUUCAUCUUGAUCUGUGUCAUUCUGUUGCUUGGUUCCUUCUUUACCAACUAUUUUGGGAUUCGCUGGAAUGUAAGGAUUGCACGGUUGGUAAUGUAGCUGCUGGAUUAGAUUCCUAACUGCGGUAAAAUUCAAACAUUUUGAAUUGGCCUUGGUGAGUGCUUCAAUCAAUUGGAAGCAGCGGGUUAACUGCAAUUCGGCGAGGAAUGGUGAAACCCUAGCUGAAUCCUUCGAGAUCGGAGGGAGCGAAGUGCGGGGAAGGAUGAGGAGCAAAGGGGAAUUUGUCCUGUGCAGUUAGUUUGAGAGCAGUAAUUUGGCCAUUGGUAUUUUUAGUUUAUUUCCAGCACUAAAGUGGUGUAUGCAGAUAUGAUAAGGCUUGGAUCUAUGUAGAAGGAAGAAGGUUGUGGUAAAAUAUGCCUCCUUUACCAGCGCUAAGGUUCUCACCUGGUAGGGAGCGCAUGACAGAAAAUAGUCACAAGAGGGGCCAAAGUUUUGAGAGUGGGUUGACUCUUAAAGCAAAGGAUGAUGACCUUGUGCUAUUCAAUGAAGUGCAAAACCAAGAGAGAGAUAACUUCCUUCUUCAUACAACUGAUGAUUUUGAGGACUCUCUUUCAAAGUUGAAGGACUUCUCAGAUUUUGGCAUUAACAACCCGUCAAGAGGAAAAAGCAGUGAUUUGCUGAAUGUGGAAGAUGAAAAAAAUGACUAUGAUUGGCUAUUAACCCCUCCUGAAACACCUCUUUUUCCAACAUUGGAUGAUGAUGAUCCUCAACCUGUUAAUCCAGCACCUGGAGGCAGACAGAGAAGCCAACCUAUUCCAAUCUCAAGAUCAUUGACUGAUAAGAAUUACCAGACAACUCGAACUAGCUAUAGUCCACAGAGAUUAAGCCCAUCUCCUCGAUCUAUUGGUGCUUCCACACAAAUGAAAGGGAGAUCAUCUUCAGCUCCACAAUCUAGUCCUCCUCCUGUCAUUCGGUCUACAACUCCUACUAGAAGGUCCUGUACUCCUCCAAAUAAACCAUCAUCCACACCUAUUCCCAGGUCUUCAACUCCUACAUUGCAAAGGGCAAGCACCAGUUCUAGCUUUCAGGCAUCAAACUAUGGAGGAAGAAGACCAUCUCCAGUUAAGGCAAGUCGUGGGAGUUCUGCUUCACCAAAAUCACAGGGGUGGCAAAUGAUCCUCCCUGGUUUUAACUCAGAGGCACCUCCAAAUCUGCGAACUUCAUUAUCAGAUAGACCAGUUUCACAUGUGAGAGGUUCUUCUCCCGCAUCUAGAAAUGGGAGGGAAUUAUCAAUGAAGCUCGCAGGGAAAAUGAUGUCUCCAACUAGUUCAAGAAGUAUCAGUUCAUCAUACAAUCAAGAACGAGACCACUUUAGUUCCUGUAGUAAGGGCUCUAUGUCAUAUUCUGGUGAUGAUGAUGAGGAAUCUCUGCAGUCUAUAACAGUUGGAAUUUCUAGAAGUGUCCCUCCUAGAAAAGAUGGAUUUUUGACAAACAACAAAGCCAUGCCAUUCUCUAGAAAGCCAUCUAGAACGGUUCCCAAAAGGUCUUUCGAUUCAGCUCCUAGAUUGAUGGACCAGCGCAAAACACCUCAGAGUAUGUUCAGGCCACUUUUAUCGAGUGUCCCUGCAACCACUUUCCGGCCCAUUUUUUCCAGGAACUCUUCUCUCACAACUAGUAGUAAUACAAGCUCAGAACAAGGUGUUGUUAGUGUUGCACUGGAUGCGGGAGGUAGCGAGCAUGAACAUGUUCUACCCCCUGGAUGGGAAAGGGUUGAAGACUUUGACUCCUAUGAGGAUGUAUUUUUGUUCGAUAAAAUAGACGAGAUUAUCAGAGUUACAAAUGAUGAGGCAUUCUCUGGACCGCAGCGGAGCCGUGAUGAGAACCUUUCUGAAAACUUGAGAAAGAAAUUUAAUUCAAAAUAUAUUCAGAAUCCCUUGACAAGUAGUAAUAUUGCUUCUGAGCUAGCACAAUGUGCUGACAAUCAGUGUGAUAUUGAUGGCUAUCCAAUUACGGCAGUUUGUUCUAAUUGUGGCAAAGAGUUCAAUAUUGAGGAUACAAUUGGAAACAAAAAAUUAUGCGAAGAAUGUGGUGAAACUAGGUUUUGCACUGCAGAAAGAGCUUUGACAUAUUUGCCUUUCAGUGUAAAUGAAGUUCCUUCUCAGAUGGACACUAUGUUGGAGGCAUUAAGCAAAGGAAAGCUCAAUACUGGAGUACCUGACCUCCAUAAAGAUGAUAACGGAAAAGUCAAGCUCGGUCAACAUGAGAUUAAUAUCGAGCGGGGGGCUGAUUUCAUUCAAAACAUCUUGUCUUUGCAGUUGUUGGAUCAGAACGAGUCGCAGACUUCUGAUCAGCAUCUGAACAUCAAGAAAAAUAUAAAUGUUACCCAAGACUGCAGAGGUAGCACUUGUCAGUCAUCAAAUCCUGAUGUUAUUCCCAGUUUAAAAGUUGGUGUUCCGGAAAGUGCUGGUAUCUCGGUGCUUCUACAACAGGGAUCUGCCAGUGCUAAGUGGCCCAUUUUGCAAGGGAAGGCUCUCUCUGCUACAAAUAUUCUUUGUUCUGAGCCUUCUUAUUCAAGAAAUAAUGUCAAUGCCUUGAGAAGAAGCUUUGGACUAGAUAAUUGUUCCACUACUUCAUCCAUUGAUCUGGGAUUGUUGAGGCAGACAGAGACUUAUGUUCAGUACCAGUUGAGCAGGAAAAGUGAUGCACUUGGUAUAGAAAGGGACAUUGAAAGCUAUGCUCAAACCAUGAGCUCAGAUUAUGAUGCUUCAACUAAUUGCUGUGAAUCUAGGCACUUGAGAAAUAAAUUUGAUGAAAAAAUUAGCAGUUCCACUGAAUGUUUAGGUUAUGAUUCAUCUAGAGAAAUGACACUGGUUACUGAAGAUUAUACUAGCUCUUUGGAUCAAUCAAAUUCACCUUCGUCAAGGCCAAAAAUUUCUGAGGAUUACAGAUCUGUGCUUGCUGAUAAUUGCAGGACAGUAAGCUCCCCCGAAUCACAAAAUUUGAACCAUCAAGGAAGUUAUGAUAUACCUUACUCUUCAGUUGCAGAUAUUAUGUGUGCAGAAGAAUGUACUUUAUCAAUAAAUACUGAUAAAGACCCUCAAAACAAUGGAAUCAAUGCACAAAUCAUAGAAAAAACAAGUGAUAUUAGCGUUUUAUCUGAAAUGGAUGAAGAUCACAUUACGUUGAACCAUACUUCUGCAAAUGUUUUCUUGGAUGAAGCUACCAAUAGCUGUUCUAUUGGGACUAUUGAAUCACAUGAUGGUUGCGUUGAGCUUGAGGAUGGGCAAACUGACUGUAUGCCCUUCCAUAAGACACCUUCUCCAGAACACUUAAAUGAGUUAACUGUGCCCCAAAUAUCAGAAAAUGAUACAUCCCUUUGUUCCUCAGAAUCUGUCGCCGCAGUCCUUGAAAAUGCUAUAAUGGUUGAAGGUCCAAGAGGACAUCAAUCAAGGAACUUGACGUUAGAAGAAGCAACCGACACCAUUCUUUUUUGCAGUUCCAUUAUUCAUGACCUAGCCUACAGAGCUUCCACCAUUGCCAUGGAGAAGGACCAAGGGACUCUCCUUGAGCAUUUUCCUCCCACUGUAAAAUUCAUGGAAAAACCGAUCCCUGGUCUGAGGGAAGAAUCUGGAAACAUCUCCAAGAAGCUAACGCUGAGAUCGCAGAAGUUCAAACUAAAGAAAACUGAGGCUCAGACCAAGUCUCCUCUUAGAGAAUUAAAGAAUGAAAAUGAUGUGAAUAUGGAAGAAUUCAGAGCUUCAAAAGUCGAAAUUCCAAGGCAAGUUGACACUGCAAAGCCUCCGAAGUUAGAAUCCAAAUGCAAUUGCUCAAUCAUGUAGAAGUUUCUCAGAUUAUUCCUUUGGUUCAUCAUGUAUUUAUAAAGUAUCCAUACAAUUUUGGGGCUUAUUCCAAAUUCAUUCUGCAAGAAAGGUACGUUUGGUUGUCACUGUAAUGGUUUGUAUAAUUGUUCUUCAGCUGGUCAUGGAAGAAAUCCAGAAGAGGCUGGGUAGUGGCACCAGUCAUGUUCUUUCUUAGUUGAUUCUGAUUUUCCCUUCUUGCUGUGUGGUUUCAGUGGAAGAAGAAGGAUGCAGAUGGAGCUGUUCUUUUGUAAAUGAUCUCUAGCACUUUUUUUUUUAAUUUUUUUUUUUCCUUUUGUUACUGUGCUAAGCUAAUAUUAUGAAGUUGAUUGAAAUCAUUUGUGUAGUUGAGGUUCCUUUUGAUCAAUGGCAAUUAUGGCUUCCAAAGCUUCUGUCAUCUUUAGCUCUUUUGAGGAUUCUGUUCGAGAAUGCAUGUUCUUGGGACAUUCAUUUUAUUUAUUACUAAUUUUUGCUCAA